UUGCAGCGUUUGCAGCGUUGCCUGCGCGUCCAGGUACAUUGGAAACAUAGUCAAGGAAGUGCCUUUUUAUAACAGAUAAAAUCCGAUUUACGCAUAUACCGGAUAUAAAUCCGAUAUAUGCGUAAAACGGACAUUUUCCGGUAUACGCAUAUAACGGAUUUCGCUUAUAUCGGACAAAACCAGUGGGAACAAUUGAAUCCGAUAUAUCCGAGGUUUACUGUAUCACGAUACUGUUAAUAAAGCGAUAUUUUUUUUUGUUUUUCUUGUAGUUAAAAGAUUAUUUCCUGGAAAAACUGAAUUACACCAGCAAUAUGCACUUACUAAUUUUUAUUCCAUUAGAGAACAGUAUGUUAUAUGCUGUAUCACAAACCUUAUAACUUGAAGUCGUAUGGCAUUGGCGUAUCAGUUACUAGCAAUUUGCUACCAUUUGCUGGUGGUCCUGCACCUAACCCAGGGGUCUCAAACACGCGGCAUUUGGCCCAGAGGACACUAGUUUGAGGCCCCCCACCUUGAUAUAAAAGUUUAAUGUUUGAUAUGGAUGCUGUAUGGUAUCAUGUACCCAGAAAAAAUUAUUACAUUUGAUUAAUGUUCAUGUUAAAGGUUAAAUAACUGUUAAUAGUUAUCCUCCCUAUCCGUGUGGAAGUGGUAAGUUUUUGGCUAGGAAAUAACUUGGAGGCUACCAUUUAGGUCGCUAGCUCUCUAGUUUGCGAGUUAGCAUGUGGCUCAAGACCGUGCAGUUGCGCAAUAUGUUGUAAAUAAAAAAAGUAUAAAUGUGACUAUAGUCGUGUUUUGUCAUGUCUACAGGGCUCUAAUAAUGCUUUGUUCAUUUUAAUCUGAAAAAAAUAAUUUAUUCUAAUAUUGAUUCUACCCCUAUAUGUGGUCUCUUAAUUUUUAAUUAUUUGCGGCCCUCGGGCCAAAUGUGGCCCGCAGGACACUAGUUUGAGGCCCCCCGCCUUGAUAUAAAAGUUUAAUGUUAGUGCGGCCCGCGCAAGUUUGAUAUGGAUGCUGUAUGGCAUCAUGUACCCAGAAAAAAAUUAUUACGUUUGAUUAAUGUUCAUGUUAAAGGUUAAAUAACUGUUCAUAGUUAUCCUCCCUAUCCGUGUGGAAGUGGUAAGUUUUUGGCUAUUUAAGUUUAAAGGAAAUAACUUGAAGGCUACCGUUUAGGUCGCUAGCUCUCUAGUUUGCAAGUUAGCAUGUGUCUCAAGACCCUGCAGUUGCGCAAUAUGUUGUAAAUAAAAAAAGAGUAAAAAUGUGUAUAAAAUAGUUGUAUUUUGUCAUGUCUACAGGGCUCUAAUAAUGCUUUAAUUUUAAUCUGAAAAAAAUAAUUUGUCUACCCACCAACUAUAUGUGGUUUCUUAAGUUUUUAUUAUUUGCCGUUUUAUUAUUAUUAUUAUUAUAUUUAUUUAUUACUGAUUGAUUGAUUUUUUUUAUUCUUGAUUUGUUUAUUUAUUUUUCAUCUUAUUUUGUGUAGAAAAAUAAAAAUUAAGAUAUUUGAGAACAGUUAAUGUUUUGUCAGAGCUUUUAUUGUAGAAAAUUGGAAUCAAAGCAAAGUUUUUUUUAAUUUUUUUUGUUUUUAAUAAAUGCGUUUUUUUUUUUUUUUUUUUUUGGAAAACCUGAUGCGGCCCAGUCUCACCCAGACCCGAGCUCCAGUGGCCCCCAACUAAAUUGAGUUUGAGACCCCUGAUAUACACUCUAUGAUAAAUGCCUAAAAAUAUCCAUAUCAUACUUUUAAAUAUCGAUACAGUAUCGCGAUAUAUCACCAAAAUAAUAUUUUCUUCCAUCAUCUAACCAUCCAGUUAAUAGCCCCUUCUACAUAAACAAUAACAAUAAUAAGCAAAUAAUGAAAUGAAUGCUGGUCAGUGUAUCUUCAGUUGUGUUGACAUGAGUCUACUUUUACAAUUAAUUACGCUGGUUUACUGGUUAGACGACCCAAAACAUCACUUACUGGUAUGACCAGUUAAGGCUGAGAAAGGAGUGUGCGGCGCAUCGAAAGCGACUUCAUGCUUCAGAGCCUGAAACGUGCUUGUUUUCAUUCCGUACGCAAACCAGUGUACCAAACACUUACAUACAAUACUUUCACCGUUUAUGUUUAUAUGAAGUCAAAAAAUAACAUAUUAGCCAUACCUGAACGUUGAAUGUGAUUUCUUCCAUGACAUAAACCCUCUCGGGGAAGGCUUUGGCCACCUCCUCCACACUGCUGAAGUAUUGCACCGGCUCUUUGACGUCUCGAUCCUGUUCCAGUAGCUUAAACUGACCUGAGAGGAAAAGAUGUCAUAUUUAACGUGGUGAUGCUUUCACUGACUGCAGGAUAUCGAAAUCACUAUUAUACUAGGGGUGUAACGGUACGCCAUCAUCACUGUUCCUUCUAAAUACAUUUCUAUAACUUUAUUAGAGCCCUCUAGACAUGAAAUAACACCCCUAUAGUCACCUUUAUAUUCAUGUUGGUCAUUAUAGUAGACAAUAAAGGCGAUAAAGUGACAUAAUAUAGACUCUCAGAGGUUAGCAUUGGGAUAGUUGCUUGCUGUUCCUUUUUUGUCCUUUUUUAAAAAUGUUUUUUAAUUAUGCAAUAAAUAUUUUACAAUACAAAUAAUUAAAAAAAUAAUAUUUGCAAAAAUGAAUCACAUUUUUAAUGACCUCUCAUGGCCCACAAUUUGGGAAUACUGUUUUAGAUGUUUUUCUAUUAUUUUUUUUUACAAGGGUUAUGAUGCAGGACCAUCAGCAAAUUAUAGCAAAUUGCUAGUAAUUGAUUGACGGCAGUGCCAUAUGACUUAAACACAUUUCGGCUAUAGAAUGGAUUGUAUAAUGGAUGAUAUUGUUGCAUAUGAUUGGCUAUGGAAGUACUAAAUGUAAAGUACUCCAGUAAUAUUCCUACAUUUGAGGUUAGCAUUGGGAUAGUUGCUUGCUGUUCCUUUUUUGUCCUUUUUUAAAAAUGUUUUUUAAUUAUGCAAUAAAUAUUUUACAAUACAAAUAAUUAAAAAAAUAAUAUUUGCAAAAAUGAAUCACAUUUUUAAUGACCUCUCAUGGCCCACAAUUUGGGAAUACUGUUUUAGAUGUUUUUUUAUUAUUUUUUUUACAAGGGUUAUGAUGCAGGACCAUCAGCAAAUGAUAGCAAAUUGCUAGUAAUUGAUUGACGGCAGUGCCAUACGACUUAAACACAUUUUGGCUAUAAAAUGGAUGGUAUAAUGGAUGAUAUUGUUGCAGAUGAUUGGCUAUGGAAGAACUAAAUGUAAAGUACUCCAGUAAUAUUCCUACAUUUGAGGUUAGCAUUGGGAUAGUUGCUUGCUGUUCCUUUUUUGUCUCUUGUUUCUGGACAGUACUUCCUGCAGUGGCUAUUGUCUCAAUGUAACAUUGUGACGAGUGUAGAAAAAUACAUAUAUCAUCAUAUAUAGUGUGUAAAUUUGCUUAAAUAUGUGCAUAUAUUUUGCUAAUAAUAUAUCGUAGUGUGCAUGUACCGUUCCACUUACCCUCAUAAUGAACAGGGAUCUCUAUUUUGGGUCCAAUCACGUAGUGUCCUUCCUCGAGACUGUGAGCAGUAAUGGUUGUCCACUGACGACAGGAAUGAAUCAAGAGGUAGUCAUUGUCUCUGAGCCCUUCCACUAACUGGCCUGAAAUAGGAAAAAAAAAAACACAAAUCAUUUAUUCCAAAAAGCCAAUUUUUGCCAAUUUUCUGCAACUUCAUGUUGUUUACUAAAGAUAUGGAAAAAACUAUCUAAGAUUAAGUGACACAGAUUCACCCUUCAGUGAGUGAUGGAGGCUAUAAUACAAUACUAUAUAUAAUAAUGUAAUUACUACUUUAAUUAGGAUAAUUUAUAUUUAAUUACAUGACUGCCUUUUACAAAUUAGGGACGAACAUUUGGCUACGUUAACAACAUAUAUUAUGUAUUACUUUACAGUGACCAUUUGUAGUAAUAAAUUACUUGAGCUAUUUAAAUUAUUCUGUUAGUUUAUUACAAAGUACUACAAGUAGAAUUUAAUAAUAAUAAUAAAAGGUCAAAUAUAACCCCGCCACAGGCUAGACACCAACUUUAAUCAGGUUACCACGACACUUCUAGGAAGGUUGGUUAGUAAGCUAGCAAGCUAGCUAGACACACAAGUUAGCUGGAAGACUUUCAAAGUGACUGACCGUUGUCCAGCUUGACGAUUUGUGGCAACCGAUAGGAGCUGACAAGUUGAUCCAACGGCAAGGACGUCGUGCUCCAUGUAACAUCUUUUAAAUUGUUGUACAACAUUGUUCCAAGGUCCAUCUUGCUAGCUUCCAUUAGCCCACAGCAGGGCUAGCUAUGUGUAAACACGCUCACAAAAGGCUACACGGAGCCAACCAAGCAAGCAAAACGCACCGAAUAUUCAUUAAUGGCUUUGUAUUUGAAGCCAUUGUUGCUUAUUUUUUUUGUAUAAUUUUGCCUUUUCAUCUCUUUACGUAUCAUUAAAAUCCGUAAUCUGAUAAUGAAGCAGAGCCAUGUUUGUUUAGCUAGCUGCUAAAGCCAGAUGAAUAGCGGAAAUGCGUGACUUUUCCUACAAAUUAAGAGUAAUUAUUUACUUUGUGGACCGUUCACAUAGUUUUUUUUUUUUUUGCUUGAUUGUGUUUAAUUACAGUUUAAAUGUACUUACUGUGUAAUACCAGUCAUAAGAAUGUUAUUAAUAGAAGAUACAUAUUUUAAUAACCGGAAGCUCUUAUUUUUGCAGUACAGCUCCCUGCUGCUUAUUAUGGGUGGGCGAUACUAUACAUUUUUGUUAGAAACUAAGCAAAACGGGGCUAAUACGAAUAUUUUUUAACUUACACAAACAGAAAUAGAUUAUAUGUUUUAGGGCUAUCAAAAAUAACAAAAGUAACUAAUUUAUUUCCUAAACUAGGUUAAUAAUUUUAACCACGCCUCUGAUAAACAUAACGCCAGUCCUUGUCCUACAACGGGAGGUGCAUUCAUGGGCACUGUGGACAUGACAGUAUCGUCUUGAUUAUGAGUGUAUGUGUAAUCGAAAUAAACAUAAACACAAAGAAAAACAAUAAGUUAGGUGAUUUUGUAAUUUUUCAUGCGGAAGUACAGUUAGCUUUUAGUUAAUUUUGAGCUAUGAAUGCAUAUAAUACACACAUUACGUUUAAUCUUUUAUUUGGAUGUGAUUUCACAAUUUAGUCACAAGCUAUAAAUCGCAAUAAUGAGGCAAGAGUGGUGCAGCAACCGCUGUCAUCAUCACACUUCCUGAUCUCUUGUGGUACAAAAACCAGAGGAGCUUCCUUCAUUUGUUGUGCCACAAAGUCGAGUCCACAGUCCUGGGGGGGGACCAUGUCUUUUUUGGACACUCUACGCCAGUGGGACGAGGCCGUAACGUGUGUCGACAGACAAGAACUGCCUCAAGCGCUCCAGAUGUUCUUGGAUAUCCAAGACCCCAACUCCAAAAUCUGCUUCAACAUCGGUUGUCUUCAGCUUCUAAACCAAAACCUGGAUGCUGCUGAAAAGGCUUUUGAUUGCAGCAUCAGCAAGGAUGAGCAUCUGGCCGUGGCCUUCUUUCAAAGAGGAAUCACCUUUUACAAAAAGGAGAGGUUCGAGGAGAGUAUUGGGGAUUUCCAACUUGCCCUGAAGGCCCUCAGGGGCAACCAGCUCAUCGAUUACAAAGCGCUUGGUCUCAGAUACAAACUAUACGCAUGUGAGGUUCUCCACAACAUGGCCUUGGCUGAGGCACACUUGGGUCAAUGGGAAAGAGCCCAGAAGAACCUCGUGAAGGCUCUUGAGUACAAGACGGACGCCAAGCUCAGCAUCAUGGACCGAGCGAUGCAGUCCAUCCUGAAACAGAAAGUUUUCAAAGCAGUAGAGUUUCCUUCCACUGUGCUGUUCAGACCAAAUAAGCACUACGUUGCUGAGCUGGAGAAGAAGGACUACCUGGGAAAAGCCAAGGUGGUGUCUUCUGUUGUCCCUCAGGACCAGUUCUCUGGGUUUGCCCCUUUACAGCCACAGUUUGAAAAGGGACCAGAUACUCCUAAGGAGCCUGAGGUGCUGAGGACUUUGGAAGGUGAACCUCACAUCGUCCGCUAUGAAUUUAUUCCCGAAACCAGCGACGAGUUGGCCGUAGUCCCGGGCAACGUUGUAUUUGUUCUGCAGAAAGGUUCCGACAACUGGGCCUCGGUGGUCUUUAACGGAAGAAAGGGACUCGUUCCUUAUAAUUACCUUGAACAUUUGGAAAUGUCCUUAGGGGCCACGCUGACGCAGGAAUCAGAACCUCCAAGUCGGGAACCACCGACCAGGCCAGAAAGGAAACAAGGUGUUGUUCGUGGUGACUUGCAACAAAAGGAAGUCCUCCCUGGUGACGACUUGUGUAUCGUCAAAGUCUACCACACGUUCAACUUGGCCGUGUGUCUACCAAGCGGCUCCACGUACGCAACGCUGGUAGAGAAGAUCAGUAAGAAACUCAACCUCUCUUCUUCGUCCAUCGUGUUGAGUUUGACUUCAGACGCAAAAAGUGCCAUCGAUGAUGAAACCGACAUGGGGAGUGUGUGGAGUCGCGCCGGUAGCCGCCGCCUCACAUUGUGGUGCCACAUCAGAGAACAUACUGGUGCAAAGUCGCAGACGACCGAGGUGAUGACUUUGGUGGCACUUCAUUCGUAUGAGUCGUCCAAUCCUGAAGAUCUGAGUUUUACUAAAGGGGAUAAAAUCACACUCAUUUGUAAAGUCAACCAGGACUGGAUGGAAGGCCAUUGUCAUGGAAGCACGGGAAUCUUCCCGGCCUCUUUUGUGGAAGAAGAUCCAAUGAAUGGCCAGUGAUGUUCACCAAGGCGAUGGCGAUGCCCUUCCUCCCUUCCACAGCCUUCACCACGGGCGUCUCCCCCAACUUCUGCUCCAAGCCGCGCCAACUCCGAUGGGCCAGAAAUGAUGCUGAAACAGAAGACAUAAAAUGUACAACAAUAAACAUUUUAAAAAUC